AAUCCCCUCCGUCCAUCCACCCGUCCAUCGUCCGUCCGGCUCCGUCCGUCCAUCUCGCUCCCGCGUCCCUGUCACCGUCCCCAUCGCCGCCACCAUGAGCUUCUCCCGCAGCAGCGUCUACUCCAGCUCCCGCCGCUCCGGUGUCACCCCCGGCCUCGGCUCCGGCCGCCGCUUCGUGCCCCCCAGCAGCGCAGCCAGCGUCUACGCCGGGGCCGGGGGCUCGGGCUCCCGCAUCUCCGUCACCCGCACCACCAGCUUGACCAGCUCUGGGGGUGGCUAUGGGGCCGGCUAUGGGGCCGGCUAUGGGGCCGGGUUGGGGGGCGGCAUGUUCUUUAUGGGUUCUGGGGUGGUGGCCAACGAGAAGGAGACGAUGCAGGACCUCAACGACCGCUUGGCCACCUACUUGGAGAAGGUCCGGAGCCUGGAGCAGGAGAACCGGAGGCUGGAGGUCCAGAUCCGGGAAUUCAUGGCCAAGAAAGGUCCCAGCGCCCAGGACUGGAGCCACCACUGGGAGGUCAUCGAGGAGCUGCGGGACAAGAUCUUCGAGGUGACGGUGGAGAACGCCCGCACGGUGCUGCAGAUCGACAACGCCCGGCUGGCGGCCGACGACUUCAGGGUCAAGUACGAGGCGGAGCUGGCCAUCCGCCUCUCGGUGGAGAACGACAUCGUGGGGCUGCGCAAGGUCAUCGAUGACACCAACAUGGCGCGGAUGCAGCUGGAGGGGGAGAUCGAGUCCCUCAAGGAGGAGCUCAUCUUCAUGAAGAAGAACCACGAGGAGGAGGUGAAGAGCCUCCAGGCCCAGGUCUCCGACUCGGCGCUGACGGUGGAGGUGGACGCGCCCAAGUCGCAGGACCUGGGCAAGAUCAUGGCGGAGAUCCGGGCCCAGUACGACGCCCUGGCCCAGAAGAACCUGGAGGACCUGGAGAAGCAAUGGGGGAGACAGAUCACCGAGAGCACCAUCGAGAUCACGCAGAGCAGCAAGGACAUCGACACAGCCCGCAGCACCGUGGUGGACCUCCGUCGCUCCGUCCAGACCCUGGAGAUCGACCUGGAGUCCCUCCACAACCAGAAGGCGGGUUUGGAGGCCAACCUGCUGGAGGUGGAGAACCGCUACGGCGCGCAGCUGGAGCAGCUCAACGGGCUGGUGCUGCGCGCCGAGGCCGAGCUGCUGCAGGUGCGCACCGAGCUGCAGCGCCAGGCCGAGGAGUACCAGGCGCUGCUCAACGUCAAGGGCAAGCUGGAGGCCGAGAUCGCGACCUACCGGCAGCUGCUGGAGGGAGGAGAGGAGUUCAGCCUGCAGGAUGCCCUGGAGAAGGAGACCACCACCACCACCACCCAGAGGAGCACCCAGAGGGUGGUGGACGGCAAGGUGGUGACGGAGACGAAGGAGGUGAAGGUGCGGACGUACUGAGCCGGCGGAGGGGGCCCCCCGGCCCCCCCAGCACCCGGGGGGCCCCCCUGAGACUCUCCCCCCCCCCCCAAUAAAAUGGCAGUU